UAGCCAAAAGGCUGUGCAAUGUACAGCUGUAAGGACACCACACAGAUGGAUGCAUGACUGCGUAUGUUCAUGAUGCGCACACACAGUGGGCUAAGUAACUACGUAGGCUCACACACAGGUGUAUGAGCACUUUAAGUUACAUUCUAAUAGGUGCAGGGAUCCUCUAUUCACCUAUAUACUUAAGGGCUGAAGGAUGUGCAUAUUCAUAGCUAAAUGGAUGUGGCACGUAUUUAAUGUAAGUAUGUAGCUAAACCAUGUGCUAUGAAUGCAGUUUCUGUCCCAACAGCCGUGUUUACUGCGACAAAUCGCAGCCCUGCUCACCCCAUCCCUGCCUGCCACCGCCGGAUGCCGUCGGUCAAUGAUUAACGCUGGGUCGGGGCCGCCCAAGGCCUGGAGGGAUGGAAGAGGCCGGCAGGAUGGAGGCUGAGCGACAGGUGGUGGCUGUCAGCAAUGUGGCCUUUGAGGAGGACCCGCCGCCCUACUCACCGCCCGACCCCAAGAGCGCGGAGCUGCUGUUCCCGGGGGUUUUCUACCCCCAGCCCCAUCCCCACCCGCCGCCCUUCAUACAGCAGCCGCUGCCCUGCACCGCCUCCGUGGGGCCUCCUGGCACGGGGCCUCCAACCGCCGCCCAGCAGCCGCCCAAGGACUACCUGGUGGAGUCGGUGCUGGUGACGUUGUUCUGCUGCCUGCUGACCGGACUCGCCGCCCUCCUGUAUUCACAUGAGACCCGUGCUGCGCUCGGCCGCGGGGACUUGGCCCAGGCCCAGGCAGCGUCCAAGAAGGCGCAGUCGCUGGUGCUGUUCAGCCUCAUCCUGGGGCUGUUCGUCUCCUUCAGUUGGGUCGUCUAUGUCCUGGUGGCUCUGUACUGGUGAUGGGGCCGCGGGGACACGGAGCGCAGAGCUGAGUGCCGUCAGUGAGGAGCAGCGAUGGCGGCACCGAGUCCAGCAGCCGUGUGCAGCGUCGGCCCCUGCACCAGGGUGCUCAGUGACUGUUGGGACCGAUACGGGGAGCUGCACAACGCUGAGGGCAGCAGCACAGCUCCGGGACACAGGGGGAUGCGUGGCACUGUGCAGGGCUGGGGCUCGGAAUGGAGCAAACGGCCCCACAGCUCCUCAUAGGCUGCUCUGGGUGUGCAAGCAAGUCCCCCUGGUAAUUAGGAUUGUGCAAAGAUUCCCCACGUAUUUGAGUUUCUACAGCAAUGCUGCAUGCACAGCUGUGCUGCAUCGCCUCCUCCUCGCAGCUUCCAGUUCUAAAUAAAAUACACACAGCCAAA